AUGGAAGCAGUCUAUUUGCCACCGGAAAUCCUACUCGACAUCUUCCACAGGCUGCCAACCAAGUCCAUCCUCGCCUGCGUCUGUGUCUCCAAGUACUGGCGCUCCCUGAUCAAAACCCCUGAUUUCAUCACCACCCACUUCAUCCAACAGUCGGCCAUUUCCGCCUCGAACCCAAAACCCCUGUUCCUCCUCCGCCUCUGUUUCGGCCCCAAUCUGGAAAACCACUACUCCCUUCACCAAGACGACAGCAAAUUCACCCACCACGCCGAUAUCAAACCCCCUUCAACCAUCAACAACCAGUCAUUCUCCGUCGUCGGGUCGUGCCGGGGCCUUGUCUGCCUGAUGCACAAUCUCUACACAUCCAAUUACACAAUCGCCCUCUGGAACCCUUCAAUCGGCAGAACCUUCACUCUCCCCCGACCGGGCGUCACCUUCGAGACCCACGGCGGGUUCGAAGCGCUCCUCGGAUUCGGGUUCGAUUCGUCGACCCAGGAUUACAAGGUGGUCAGAAUCGUGCGACUCCUCGAGUACGACGAGAUCGAGAUCGAAGUCGAGGUCUUCUCCCUGAACGCCGGAUCGUGGAGGAGGAUUACCAUGGUGGCGCCGCAGUACAACAUCGUGGAGCGCGGUUCACAGGCCUUCGUGAACGGUUCGGUUCACUGGAUAGCGACCCGGGGGGACGGCAACGGCAACGGAGAUGAGAAUCUUAUUCAGGUUCUCGAUCUGGAAGGCCAAGGGCGGUUCCGGGAGCUGGAGCUUCCGGUGGGGUUGAGAUCGGAGAGCCCGAUGUUCCUGACGGUGUGCGGUUACAAGGAAUUGACGAUUGCGGUGUUCAAGAGGCGUUAUUUGGGGGAAUCGGAGAGUGAGAUUUGGGUGAUGGAAGAGUACGGAAACGCGGAUUCGUGGGUGAGGCUGCUGACGAUUGGGAUGUACGAUGGCGGAUUGCCAAGGGCGUUGGGGUUCAGAGGGAACGGGGAGAUACUGUUCGAGCUCGCCGGCGGGGAGAUUGUUUCCGGUGAUCCGGAGAGUUUCGAGGUUACGGAGUUGGGUUUGUGGGGAGAAGCUGGAUACUCGUUUGUUGGAAGUUUCACGGAGACGCUUGAUCUGCUUGACAGGACGAGUGGUUUUUCAUGA